CGCCCUGGCUGGCUGUCUUCUGCCACCUGACCUGCCAGCUGCUACCUUACCCAGCUGUCCCCGUUCAUCAUGGAGAAGGUCCUUGUCCUUCUGCUCGUGGUCCUCGCAGUGGUCUAUGCGGUUCCUGACCCACGGGGGAUAAUUAUCAACCUGGAAGACGGCGAGCUCUGCCUGAACAGCGCCCAGUGCAAGAGCAGCUGCUGCCAACGGGACACCGGGCUGAGCCUGGCCCGCUGCGCGUCCAAGGCCAGAGAGAACAGCGAGUGCUCUGCCAAGACGCUCUAUGGGGUUUACUACAAGUGUCCCUGUGAGCGGGGCCUGACCUGUGAGGGUGACAAGAGCAUCGUGGGCGCCAUUACCAAUACCAACUUCGGCAUCUGCCACGAUGCUGGACGCUCCAGGGAGUAAAACCCCCGAAAGGAUGCUCCUCCCCCACCACCCCGCCCCCCCACCAGCACCUCCCUUUUCUGAUUGGAU